AUGGUUGGAAACAUCAGGAGGACCGUCCAAUCUAUUCUUAGGAUCCAUAGAAGCAGAUAUCUGGGAGUGAGUAGAGAUGGAGCUUUGGUCUCAGUUGCACCUAAUAUCAACCAAUGCAGGGUGUAUAUGCAAUAUAAGUUUCUUAGUGAAAGAUGUAGUUCAUUCAUGUGGCGAGGAACUAAAGAAAGUUUUCAUAAAGGCCAUUCAUUUUGGAACUUAUCUGCAAUAUCAACAAAAAAUAUAGCAUCACAUAAUCCUCAAACUUGGAAGUUGCUGUACAAAAUAUAUUCCUCCAAUGGUUCUAAUGGAUUUACCUCCAUAAAUAUGGUUGCUCAAGCAGUGAGUCUGGCUUUGUCUCGUUCUUGUUUUCUGAUUCCUAGUAUUUUUGCGUUUGCAUGUGGAGAGCUAGCAUUGGCUCAGCAAAAUCAGUCAGAUGCAGGGUGUUACCCUUCACAAAAUGCUUUGUCUAUGCAUGCACAAGAUGGAUACAAUUACAUGUUUGCAUUUGUAUUCACUGUGGUAGAAAGCCUGGUCUUGUUAACAAGAGCUAUAUAUCUAACAAUAUUAUUCUCUCCAAGCAUUCUAAUGGCACCACUUGCUGAAUAUUUUGGACCAGAGUUCAGGAAAAUGUGGCUCCGAAUUGUUCAUCGCGCACUAGAAAGAGCAGGUCCAGCGUUCAUAAAAUGGGGUCAGUGGGCUGCUACACGGCCUGAUCUAUUUCCUCAAGAUCUAUGCACUAAGCUUGCAGAACUUCAUUCGAAAGCACCCGAGCACAGUUUUAGCUACACAAAGAAAACUAUAGAAAAAGCAUUUGGCCGUAAAAUUUCUGAAAUUUUUGAGAAUUUUGAAGAGUUGCCUGUUGCAUCCGGAAGUAUUGCCCAAGUGUAUCGUGCUUCUUUAAAAUAUCGUUACCCUGGUCAGCAAACAAAGCCCAUGGUAGUUGCAGUGAAGGUCAGACAUCCUGGCGUGGAAGAAUCUAUUAGAAGAGAUUUUGCUAUUAUCAAUUUUGUGGCAAAAUCUUCAAACUUCAUCCCUGCACUUAAUUGGUUAAGGUUGGAUGAAAGUGUUCAGCAGUUUGCAGUUUUCAUGAUGUCCCAAGUUGACCUUGCAAGGGAAGCUGCUCAUUUGAACCGCUUUAUUUACAAUUUCCGUCAAUGGAGGGAUGUGUCUUUCCCUAAGCCUGUUUAUCCUCUUGUGCAUCCUGCAGUUUUAGUGGAAACAUAUGAGAAUGGAGAAAGUGUCUCACAUUAUGUUGAUGAGCUUCAAGGACACGAACGGAUUAAAAGUGCUCUUGCUCAUAUUGGUAGUCAUGCACUUUUAAAGAUGCUUCUGGUGGACAACUUCAUUCAUGCAGACAUGCAUCCUGGAAAUAUCCUUGUUCGAGUGCCUCGGAGCAAGGAUCGCAAACGGUUCUUCAAAUCAAAGCCUCAUGUAAUUUUCCUUGACGUAGGUAUGACUGCUGAGCUCUCUGGUAGCGAUCGAGUAAAUUUAUUGGAGUUUUUCAAAGCUGUUGCCCGCAGAGAUGGUCGAACUGCUGCUGAGUGCACACUCAGGUUGUCAAAGGAACAGAACUGCCCUAAUCCGAAGGCUUAUGUUGAGGAAGUGGAAAAGGCAUUUACCUUUUGGGGCACUCGAGAAGGUGAUGCGGUUCACCCUGCCGAGUGCAUGGAGCAAUUACUUGAGAAAGUUAGACGUCAUAGAGUUAAUAUUGAUGGUAAUGUUUGUACUGUCAUCGUGACCACCUUGGUUCUGGAGGGCUGGCAGCGCAAGCUUGAUCCUGGGUAUAAUGUGAUGGAGGCACUGCAGACAUUGCUGAUUAGAGCUGAUUGGGCAAAGUCUUUUGCAUACACAAUUGAAGGGAUCAUGGCUCCUUAA